UCAGCGUACGAUCGGCUAGGCAACGCGUCUGGCCCCGCCCACCGGUCCAGCCGCCGGCCAAUGAGAAAGCGCCCUGUUGGCUCUGCGGGUUCUGUCGGGUCGCGGCUACGUCAGCAUUAUCCAAGAUGGCGAUGUCCAUUCAGCGGCAGCAUCUCCGAGCUCUGACCGGGCUCUGCUCGUUCCUCAUCCUCUCCUUGCUUGGCUGUGCCGGGGCUCAGGAGGGACAGGCCGGACAGACGCCUCCUCACCGCAGGUUCGAGUAUAAGUACAGCUUCAAGGGUCCCUACCUGGUGCAGGGGGAUGGGACUGUCCCAUUCUGGGUCCACACUGGAAAUGCUAUCCCCAGCGCGGACCAGAUUCGGAUAACUCCUUCACUGAAGAGCCAGAAAGGCUCUGUCUGGACAAAAACUGCCCCAAGUUUUGACAAUUGGGAAAUAGAAGUGACUUUCCGGGUAACAGGACGAGGAAGAAUCGGCGCUGACGGCCUGGCCGUAUGGUACACUACAUCCCAAGGGCUGGACGGCAAUGUGUACGGAGCCGCAGACUUGUGGAACGGUGUUGGGAUCUUCUUUGACUCCUUUGACAAUGAUGCAAAGAAAAAUAAUCCAGUGAUUUUGGUUGUGGGCAAUAAUGGAAAGCUUGUAUACGACCAUCAAAAUGACGGCACCACACAAGCGCUGGCCUCUUGUCAGAGAGACUUCCGUAACAAGCCGUACCCAGUGCGAGCCAGGAUCACCUACUACAAGAAGACGCUGACAGUAAUGAUUAACAAUGGCUUCACCCCCGACAAGGAGGACUAUGAAUUCUGUGCCAAAGUGGAUAAUAUGAUAUUGCCCCAACAAGGUUUCUUUGGGAUAUCUGCAGCCACCGGAGGCCUGGCAGAUGACCACGAUGCGCUGUCUUUUCUCACGUUCCAGCUGACCGAGCCGGGCAAGGAUGCACCCGCUCCAGAUGGAGAGAUUCCCAAGGAAGAGAAGGACAAGUAUCAAGAGGAGUUUGAUAACUUCCAACAAGAGCUGGAAAAGAGGAAAGAUGAAUACAAUAAAGAACACCCUGAGCUCAAGGAUCAUCAAGUGGAUGACAUGUUUGAGUCUGUAAAUGACCGGGAGCUAAGGCAGAUCUUCGAAGGUCAGAACCGCAUUCACCUGGAAAUCAAACAACUGAACCGGAUCCUGGACAUGAUCCUGGAUGAGCAGCGGAGAUACGUGAACGCAGUUACCGAUGAGAUAUCCAAGAGGGCAGGAGGUGUUCCAAACGCAGGGGAGGUCCAGGAGUCACGACAGGAACUUGAAACUUUGCUCAGUGGUCAUAAGGAAGUUUUGAGGCAUGUCAAUGAAAUGAGGAACACUAUGAGUGAAACUUUAAGACUGGUCUCUGGGAAUCAACAUGGGGCUGCUGCCGGCUACGAGAACACCCAACACUUCAAUGACAUCAAAGAACAUCUUCAUCUGGUGAAGAGGGACAUUGACACUCUAGUACAGAAGAACCUGCCACAUGAAAAACAAAAAUGUCCAGAAAUUCCCAUUCCAUCGUGUCUCUCUACGGCACACUUCUUUGUCUUCGUAGCCGUACAAAGUGUGUUGUUCAUCAGUUACAUCAUGUACAAAAGUCAACAAGAAGCAGCAGCCAAGAAGUUCUUUUGACGAGCCCGUGCCACUUUGAAUGCCACCUCAGUGCCCUGCCUGGCACAUGUAUUGUAUUGUACAUGAAGGACUUUUUAAAGUAUGGCUCGCCUAGAUUAAAUUAUUGAAUUUUUGGGAAAUGAGGAAAAAGAGAGAGAGAACUUCUGUUUAUCGAAGACCGGCCAUAGAUGCGGGGGAGGGGGGGGGAGGUUGGGGGUAGAGAAUGGGAGAAAUAUUUUUUUUAAUCUAUUUUUAAAAAUUCGCCAUUUUUUUUGCCUCCUGCUUAUGUUAAACGUUUGGUCUGUUUUAUUUUAUGCGUUCGACCCUUUAUGACUCAGGGCAAAACUUUUUUUUUUUUUUUUCCCCCUCUACGGAUUUCUCCCUAAAUGUCUCAUCAGGUGUUAAUUUCUAUUUCAAUUUAUUUUAUUUUAUUUUAUUCUUUUUUUUGACUGAACAAAAUCACUGUAUUUUGAAGGGGUCUUUUUUUUUUUUUAUAAAUAAAGUGGUUUAGUCAUAAAAUGAAGAGAAACAAAAAUAAUUGAACAAACUUUAUUUAUAAAAAUAAAAAUCUUGUUGCCAUGGUUACAUUCGGGGAAUGUACUUAGAUAAACAUGUAAAUACGCUAUACACUUCUAGUCUAUUAUAGAUAUAGGAAUGUGGAGAUACGGUAGAAACCUAAGGCUGUCUUCACACCGCCAUCAUGGUUACAACUAGAGAUGAGCGAACUUACAGUAAAUUC